GCGCGGACGUCCUUGCAGAGCCAAGAUGGCGUCAGUUUCCUCGUAAGACAGAGAUAUGUCCCAGUGAUUCCAUUCAGUCGGCUAAAACCAUGGCGUCUGGCAGUACUGGGAGCAGGGUGUCCUGCGGGAGAGACUUGAAUUGUGUGCCGGAGGUAGCAGACACGUUAGCUGCGGUCGCCAAACUCGGGUUUGACUUCCUGUGCAUGCCUCUGUUCCACUCGAGGUUCAGGAGAGAGUUUGAGUUGGAGCCCGCUAAAUCCAGAUCAGGUGCUCAUACCCGAUCAGACCUGCUGCUGUGUGGAAGAGAUUGGAAUACUCUCAUUGUUGGGAAGCUCUCACCAUGGAUCGACGCCGAUUCAGAAAUCGAGAUCGAGCGCAGAAACUCAGAGUCUGCUCUGGCACAGGAAUUAAAUUUCUCAGCCUACCUGGGUCUGCCCGUCUUCAUGAUCCCCCUGAAGGGCCCUCACUGUGCCAACUUAGCCCGUCUGCUGCUAAACCACAUCCACACUGGACACCACACCUCAAAUUUCUGGAUACGUGUCCCGCUGAUGGCGUCGGAGGACAUGCGGGAAGACCUGAUUGAGAACGAACCGAGCACUAGCGUCGAUGACAGUGUUGAUGAGAAGACCUGGAGCUGGUGGCACUCAUUUAGAACCCUUUGUGAUUACAACAAGAGGAUCUGUCUCGCUAUUGAAGUUGCAGCAGACAUGCCGUCAGACACUGUGAUCGAUAAGUGGCUCGGGGAGCCCAUCAAAGCAGCCAUACUUCCCACCAACAUCUUCCUAACUAAUAAGAAGGGCUUCCCUGUUCUGUCAAAAGCCCAUCAGCGAAUAAUCUUCAGUCUUUUCAAGUUGGAGGCCCAGUUCAUCUUCACAGGCACCAGUCGCCACACUGAGAAGGACUUCCGGUCCUACCUGCAGUACCUGGAAUACCUCAACCAGAACCGGCCCGCACCCAACGCUUACGAGCUCUUUGCCAAAGGCUAUGAAGACUACCUGCAGUCUCCCCUCCAGCCACUCAUGGACAAUCUGGAGUCUCAGACCUAUGAAGUGUUUGAGAAGGAUCCUAUUAAAUAUUCCCAGUACCAACAGGCUGUAUAUAAAUGUCUACUUGACAGAGUUCCAGAAGAGCAGAAAGACACAAAUGUUCAGGUGUUGAUGGUGUUGGGAGCAGGUCGGGGUCCCCUGGUCAACGCGUCCCUGCGUGCUGCCAGACAGGCAGACAGGAAGCUGAAGGUGUACGCUGUGGAGAAAAAUCCCAAUGCUGUAAUCACGCUGGAGAACUGGCGCUUUGAGGAGUGGGGUGAUCAGGUGACAGUGGUGUCAUGUGACAUGAGGGAUUGGGCAGCACCCGAGAAAGCCGACAUCAUCGUCAGCGAGCUGCUGGGAUCGUUUGGCGACAACGAGCUUUCCCCCGAGUGCUUGGAUGGAGCGCAGCACUUUCUCAAAGAUGGCGGAGUGAGCAUCCCCUGUUCCUACACGUCCUUCCUGGCUCCCCUGUCCUCCUCCAAGCUGUACAACGAAGUGCGGGGAUGCCGGGAACGCGACAAGGACCCAGAAUGCCAUUUCGAGACGCCCUACGUGGUGCGCCUGCAUAACUUCCACCAGUUGGCCGAGCCCAAGCCGUGCUUCACCUUCAGACACCCCACAAAAGAUAUGAACAAUAACCGGUAUCAGUGCCUCAGAUUCCCAGUGGGCUGCAACACCGUGCUCCACGGUUUUGCUGGCUACUUUGAGACCACGCUAUACAAAGAUGUCACACUCAGUAUAAAACCGGACACACAUUCACCUGGAAUGUUCUCCUGGUUCCCGAUCCUUUUCCCACUCAAACAACCCAUCGCCAUAUCCCGGGACGAGGACGUCACAGUGCGAUUCUGGCGCUGCAACAACGGGAAGAAGGUGUGGUACGAAUGGGCCGUGACCGAGCCCUCCUGCUCCGCCAUCCACAAUCCAUCAGGACGCUCCUACACCAUCGGCCUGUGAAGAUGACACGUCAGCGUCUCGGUGGCAGUUGGAGUGGAUGUGGCCCGGCUCUUUUUAUACACGCAGUUAAAACCUGGACUUGUGGUGCAAAAACCCCCCCUAAAGUGCGGUCUGGGUUUUAAAAUGACCAGUGGUAGGCACUUUUUGAGCCGGCGAUGGAAAAUGUUGAAACCAGAUUUUUCAGUCUGUGUCUCAGUGGGCGUGGCCUGUCACCUGUACACAAAGUGUGUUAUUGCUGUGAGAUUGGCUCAUUCACAUUAGGUCAAACACCUCACCACUGGUUUUGUUUCUUAAAGUCUUUUUUUUCCUCUACUGUUCUGAACAGGCGUUGAAGACAUACACACUCAAUCCAACAGAACCUUUGCCUUAUCAAACAAACACAUAUUUCAUACCGAUACAGUGGAAACCGCUUAUAGUGAUCACGGUUACAGUCAUCAAAACGCUUCUAUGGAUCAAAAAAGCUUGGGACAGAAUCAUUCCUAUACAAAUGCUGGUUAAAUAAUUUGGUUAUAGUAAUCAAGUAGUCUGCUUCCAGUGUUCAUUUUGGGUCUUUUCAUACAUGACAACAUAUGGAAAAACAAUAUUUUUUGCUUUACUCGCUUGAUACUUUGCCUCGCGGUAACCCGUCUCUGUUCCAGCUGGUUACCCGAGGCUUGUGCCACAUGCACAUUGAAAUCAUGACGGAAAAAUUUUAAUUUUCUUUCAUUGAAACAAGAUGUAGCAGCAAAACUCAGUGUUCCUCAACUACCUUACAGAAAACGAAUGUGCUCGGGGAAAGCACCUGUGGUUGAAACCGCCCUCGUCAGGUGGAUUGAUAAUGCCCGGUCACGUAAUGCCCCCUUAGGGUGAAACUCUGCCGAUCCUCAACCAACCGGCAAAGCCUCACCCCAAGCGGGUCCUCGGUGAGAGAAAAGGCAGAAGAAUUAGCAGCAAGCCAGUAAAUAGAGAAGCUGUCUUUUUCAUUACUUUAUAUUCAUGCAAUUAAGAUACACGUGUCAAUUAGAUGGUAAUCUGUAUGGGAAAUAAUAAUCAUCCGCUUAUAGAGAUCAAUUUGACCCGAACAGAUGUAAUCACUGUAAGAGGUUUCCACUGUAAUUAAAUGCUGAUGAAUCGCUCUUCUCCUCAACACAAGAGGGUCAGAGGAAGGUUAUUCACGUCACAUACCAUAUUGUUCCGGGGUCGUCUCUUCAUAUAUUUUUGUUAUUUUGUCUCUCUAUGUUUCAACCAUGUCAAUAAAAACACUGUAAUGUUCUCCACA